AUGGCGCCACGGCCGUCAGGAGCGCGGCGCAGUCUGUUCCCCGAGCCAGAGCAUGUGUACGAGUUGGGAGUUGCUGGCCGGAUACCUGGGUAUGCUAACCAACUCUCCAGCAAAACCGGUGUCACCCUGAAAGACUCGGGCAUCCGCGACGAACAUGGCAUGCAACCCCUUGAGGACCUCUUUUCCUCUCCCCACAAGCCGACCGAGGACCGCGAUGAAGACGAAGGCGAAGACGACGAAGAUGGUGGCGCCUCGGAGGAUGGUAGGGCAGAUAGCGAGGACAUGGACAUUACCACUACCUCCGGCAUCGCCCCAGCAGCUCUCCUCAACGGCAACGCCAGCCGACUUCCCCUCCCCGUCAGCCGCACCAACCGAUCCCCGGUCAAGGUUGUCGUCAACUCGCCCGCGCGGAACCGUCUAAUGGCGCGCAGCUCGUCGCCCACUCGUGGAUCCCUUGGCGCCAACAAAGAAAACUACGAUCGCGGUUCCUCUUCCCAGCCUGCAGAAGAUAUCAACACUGCCAGGCGGAGACUGAACUUUGAGGCUCUCAAGGCUGGUGGACGCUCCCUGUCUCAACCGACUACGACGAACGGCGUCAACGGGCUAAAUGGCUAUCACGAUGAAGCGGAGGAAGAGGAGCAAGAAAACACUGCGGUGCCGGAUGAGACUGAUGCGUUCAUUGAGGAGUCUAUGGCCAUGUUGGAGGAUAAUGGGGAAGUUGAGGAGGAGCAGCCGGCAGACCGGGAAGAGGAGGAACCAGACGAAGCUCCCGAAGCUGUGUCUGUGCCCGCCGCCAAGAAGAAGCCUGGAAGGAAGCCCAAGGCCAAGGAACCCUCACCAGCACCCGCAGCUGUAAAGCGUGGGCGGAAACCUGCUGCGCCCGUAGUAGAAGAGGAGGAGCGGGAGGAAGAGAAAGAGGCAGAGGGUGAACCAGAAGAAGUCGCGCCCCAGGUUGCUGGAAAGCGAGGAAGGGGAGCCAAGGGCAAGGCCGCAGCCGUGGAAGAACCGGCCCCCGCAGCCAAACCAGGCAGGAAACGGCGCACCGUGGAAGAACCCGCUACCGAUGCUGAAGAGUCCUCCUCCAGUCGCCAACCCAAGCGCCAACGUACCGAGACCGCGCCUGCGCCCGCCAAGGGCAGAGGAAGGCCGAGGAAAUCACUCACUCCCGCGCCGAAAGAAGUCGAGAAACCAGAACCAGAACCCGUUGAAGGCGGUCCCUCGCGAUCCAGGGCCGCCAAAGGAAAGGGUAGGGCCCCAACCCCCGCCGCCGAACCCGUCAACGAGAAGGUCACCAAGGCCACCAAGGCCACGAAACCGAAAGGUGGCCGCAAGCGCCAACCCUCUCCCGCACCCGCCGCCGAUGCCGAUACCUCGAUUGCCAUUCCCCGCGGCCCUCCCCUCCCCAAGUCUCGCGGUCUCGUCAUCAACAGGCGCGAAGUCCCCGGCGACAGCAACGCCAUCAUCCGCACCCGUUCCGGUCGCCACUCCUUCAAGCCCCUCGCCUACUGGCGCAACGAGCACGUCGAUUACGAAUACGAGGAAGACGAAUUCGUCGCCGACCACGCGCCCAAGUCCUCCAAGGGAUCUAGUGCCGGGGAGGUGGCGCGCAAGAGGAAAUUUGUUCUGCCCACCAUCAAAGAAGUCGUGCGCGUGGAGGAAGAAGUCGUGGAUUUCUCUCGCAGCCGUGGCCGGGGUACCAAGCGCGGCGGCAACAAUGCUGCCGCUGGUGGAACCUCUCGCCGGGCCCAAAGAGACGAAGACCCUUCCCCUCCAGAACCCUGGGAACUCAACCCCGGCAUUCUCGGAGGCGAUGUCGUCACCUGGUACCCGCAACACGAGUUCCACCCGCCCGCGCUGGACGACGAGGUCGAAGUGCAGGAGAAGCAGCUGGCUAUUUCGGGUCGAGCCAUUCGCACGCAGAAAGUCAAGGACGCGGCGUUUAGGUAUGCGAAGACGGUCAACGAAGGCUUCUUUGGCGCGGGCGUGGUGGAUCUGCCCCCCGGAGCGGUCAAGAGGCCCAAGAACUCACGUAAAAUGUUCAUGACCUUUUUUGUGUAUACGGGGAGGGUGUUGGUGACGGUGAAUGAGACGGUGUUUAGGAUUGGAAAGGGGGGGAUGUGGUUUGUGCCGAGGGGCAACUACUACUCAAUUGAAAACGACUACGACCAACCCGCUCGCGUCUUCUUCUCGCAAGGGUGCGAGGUGCAGGUUAGGCCAUCCUCGGAGGGCGACGAAGGUGUCAGUGGGGCAGAGAACUCCGUGUUGGACACAUCUGCUGCCGCUUCUGCUUCUGCUUAG